AAGUCUGAAAAUAUGGAAUGCCUUGUUCGGCGACUAGUUGAGGAUUACCCAAAUCUUCUGGUACAUCAAAACAACGACGGGUACAACCCAAUACAUAUGGCAGUUAGAGACUUCACGCAUCAACUGGCUGAAUACAUGAUCUCUGCCUGCAUCGGUAGUAAGACGCCAUCUGCUAAGAAAAGCCUUGAUAGAGCAUUCCUACAGACCGCGCAAGGCGAUAGAACAUGUCUACAUGCUGCCUUCUUAGGAAAAUUGAAUCUCAGAACGGCCAGAAUGCUGCUAGAGAAUGCCAACGACAAUGCGUUGGCAGCCCAAGACGAUAAUAAGAAUACGCCAAUGCACUAUGCAGCAUCGUUCAAGCAAUGUACUGCUGCUGGUGCUGAAAUCAUGGCCCUGUUUAUCGCCCGGGAUCUGGAUGCUACACGGCAGAAAACAUCAUCCGAGACAACUUUUCUCGAUUUAGCAAAUGCUGAAGGGCACACGGGUCGAUUGGACGUCAAGUCAGAGCAAGUUAACCUGGCCAUUGAAGCUCCUCGUAACGCCAACAAGCCCAAUAUUACUGCUGAUAGGAGUGCGAAAAGAAGAAUUUGCAAGGAAAUACUCCUAAAAUUGAAGCUACACUACAUGAGAACUAGGAGCUCCGAGAUGGUACUUUCUUUCCUCUACGGAGCAAAUAUGAAUGAUGUCCAAAUCAGCUUUGAUUACGAUCGUUUGCCGGCCAAGGUUGUAUGGAACGAGUUUGUGAAGCAGUUCGGCCAAGACAACGAAUCCGGCUUAAAAUUUGAUAGAGUAUUGCAGUAUGUGACGUUUCCCCGAGUCGAGGUGACCGUCAAGGGUCGUCUUACGGACCUUGAGAGUGAAGCAGAAGAUAGGCAGCAGGAGUAUCUUGGUCGCAAAGACAUGGUGUACUUUUUUAACUGGCUUUAUAAGAAGGGGGUCCGCCACAUUAUCAGAGUAUCUGUCAAUGACUCUGGUGACCUGGGAGAAAAGGUUCAUACAGACCGGUCUAUUCAACAAUGUCUUGAACGUUUUGUCGUUGAAUCCCUUUAUUGGCAAAAGACAGACUUGGAUCCUGAAACGAUCCUGAGAGUGAGUGCAAGGAGCUUGGAGAAGGUGGUACCCACAAACGAAGAUCCAAACCAUGUGGAGCUUGUUCCGGAUAGGCAAUUAAGAGAGCUGUGGCUAAGAUGGAGUGGGAGUAAUGCUGUGCUUCGGGCAUGGAGCGAGCCGGAAGGCUUGCCAAUGCUGCCUCGAUUAGAAAAAGUCCAUCUUCUUACCCCAGCGGCCAGCAAGAUGUACGACGAUUCCCAGUGGAUCAAAAAAAAGUUUGAAAAGUUUGGAGUAAGACUCAACAAGAACUUUAGAGACGCUCGAGACAAGAGGCUCCAAUUGGGAGAAGAGGAUGCAUUCGGAGCAACUGGAGAGGUUAAGGUUUCACUCAAAGCCGUAGAUGUUGACGGCGACUCUAAGCUGACAGCUCGAGGCGUCUCUAAUUUCACGUCGUCUACUCCUGUCAAGGGUAUCAACUCACAUCGAUGGUUAGGCUCAACGUCCAGAUUUGCUGGCAAUAUGAAGCAUUUUUGGGAUGCUAGACUAGAGCAAUGGAGUAACAGUCCGAACAAGCCAAUGCGCCCCGAAAGUAACGUCGAAGGCGACGUAGAAGACGAUGUUGUUGUGGCUUUGAUCGAUGACGGCAUCGAUAGGUUGGACAAUACCCUUUCUGGUCAAGUUCUGGAAGGGAAGAGUUUUGACUACCAUGACGGCCAAGUGCGGCCGCCUUUCUCAUCGGCGAGAGGCCACGGAACAGUCAUGGCCAGCAUGAUUCUGCGGGUAUGCCCUAUGGCCAAGAUAUAUCCUAUACGACUCAGGACUUACGACACAGACGGAGGCAAAAGCCAGAUCGACCGAAAAUACGCGGCACAGGCAAUCAAAGCAGCGCUCGCUAAAAAAGCCACUAUUAUAUCCAUGUCAUGGACGCUGCCGAAAUCAUCACCCGAGAAUGAAACUGAAGAUGAGCCCGUCAGACAAAAGGUCCUCAUGUUCUGCUCGUCGCCUGAUGAAGGGAAAUUCACCGAACUCGACUAUCCAAGCGGCCCCUGGCGCGACCACUUCUUCCGUAUCGGCGCUGCCCGUGCUGAUGGCACCGUUUUUGAAUGGACUCCCGACGACGGCAUUUCCUUUGUCCUCCCCGGCGUCGACGUAGUGAAAGAACAGGCGGGGAGGACCUCGUCCGAGACGCAGUCGCUUGGCGUCACAAGUCGCGUGGCUGACUUCAAGUACGAGACGGGCUCGAGCGUGGCUACAGCUCUGGCUGCUGGCCUGGCCGCCAUGAUUAUAUACUGCGUAAAGGCCAGUAUCAUGGCUAUUAGAAUCGCCUAUCCGAACUCGGAGUCUGUCAUAGGCAUCGCAAUUACAAACGACCAUUUGGCGAGGAUUUCCAAGCACGAUGCCAUGAAGCAAGCUUUCUCUACCUUGGGCAAGGUAACGCCCAACAGGUUUAUUCAGGUAUGGGAAAAGCUGGACGCUAUUAGCGGUGUACUGGAGGCGGCACGGUCUAGGGAGCCCACAGAAGAGGAGCAAAGGAAACUCACGCAGUCCUUUGUAAAUUUUGGGUCAAUGCUCCUCAAU